CCACAGCCGGCCCGACCCCGGCCCCGGCUCCCGGACCAGCCCUUAUCUGAUCCCAGCUCCGGUUUAAGAGUCCCGGCUCUGCCCGUCCCACAGCUCCGUUCUCACUCCUGCCCGCCCCGUCAGUCAGUCCUGCUGCCCAUUCGAAGGGCCACUCCACACGGACCCAAGAUGACAUCAGUUGCCAAGGUAUAUUACAGUCAGACCACUCAGACAGAAAGCCGGCCCUUAAUGGGCCCAGGGAUACGACGGCGGAGAGUUCUGACAAAAGAUGGUCGCAGCAAUGUGAGAAUGGAGCACAUUGCUGACAAGCGCUUCCUCUACCUCAAGGACCUGUGGACAACCUUCAUCGACAUGCAGUGGCGUUACAAGCUUCUGCUCUUCUCUGCGACUUUUGCGGGCACCUGGUUCCUCUUUGGCGUUGUGUGGUAUCUGGUAGCUGUAGCCCAUGGGGACCUGCUGGAGCUGGGCCCCCCAGCUAACCAUACCCCCUGUGUGGUACAGGUGCACACACUCACUGGGGCCUUCCUCUUCUCCCUUGAAUCCCAGACCACCAUUGGCUAUGGUUUCCGCUACAUCAGUGAGGAGUGCCCACUGGCCAUCGUACUUCUGAUUGCUCAGCUGGUGCUCACCACCAUCCUGGAAAUCUUCAUCACAGGUACCUUCCUGGCGAAGAUUGCUCGGCCCAAGAAGCGGGCUGAAACCAUCCGUUUCAGCCAGCAUGCGGUUGUAGCUGCCCACAAUGGGAAGCCUUGCCUUAUGAUUCGAGUUGCCAACAUGCGUAAGAGCCUUCUCAUUGGCUGCCAGGUGACUGGCAAACUGCUUCAGACCCACCAGACCAAGGAGGGUGAGAAUAUCCGGCUGAACCAGGUCAACGUGACUUUUCAAGUAGACACGGCUUCUGACAGCCCCUUCCUCAUUCUACCCCUUACCUUCUACCAUGUGGUAGAUGAGACCAGUCCCUUAAAAGACCUCCCCCUUCGCAGUGGUGAGGGUGACUUUGAGCUGGUGCUGAUUCUAAGUGGGACAGUGGAAUCCACUAGUGCCACCUGCCAAGUGCGUACUUCCUACCUGCCAGAGGAGAUUCUUUGGGGCUAUGAGUUCACACCUGCCAUCUCACUGUCAGCCAGUGGCAAAUACAUAGCUGACUUCAGCCUUUUUGACCAAGUUGUGAAAGUGGCCCCUCCUAGUGGCCUACGUGACAGCACUGUAUGCUAUGGAGACCCCGAAAAGCUCAAGCUGGAGGAGUCAUUCAGGGAACAAGCUGAGAAGGAGGGCAGUGCCCUUAGUGUGCGCAUCAGCAACGUCUGAUAGCUUGGUUUCCCACCUCCCUAUCCCUUUAGUCUUGCUUCUUUUUUCUUUGGCACUCUGGGUGAGCACAUUACCCAGGCUUACUGGAGAGUUCCAGAUGCACCCAUUCCUUAUGCUCUCUCCUUUAACCCAGUGGCCUGUGGGUAGUCUAGGCCAACUGGAGUCCAAGUUUUCCUCCCAUUCUCCCCUUUCACCUCAUCCCAUUUCCACAGCAUUAUAUACACACCCCUUAAGCCAGGAUGGGAGAAGGGAGGGAAGAUUAGGCUGAAAGGCUUAGAGGUCUCAGCUGUGCUUAGAGACUCACAGUAGAAGGAUCAUGAAGUUGGAUGGAUAGACUCCCCACAACCUCCUACCCCCACCAGAAAGGUUGGUGAUUUGAGGCUGGAGACCCUUCCUUUUCUAACUUUCUACCUAACAAGUUCCCUAAGGCAAUACUCUCAGAUGGUCCCCUUAGGGUCUGUGUCCUCAGACAUACAGGAAACAGGAAUCAUUUUAUAUUGGGGUCUCUACCAACCCAUUGAAAGAAGCCAUGUUUUUUUUUAUGGUGAUUUUCUGUUGGCAGCUUUAGACUUAACCUAGGACCUUGGUCACCACUAUUUUGCUCUUUCUAGUUUCUAAAAUAGACCAUGAGGAUACCCAGUUCUCUCAUAGAUGUCUCUAUUCCCAGGGAAUUGGGUUGACACAGGAAAUAGAAAACCUAUAGUCAUAACCACCACAUUUGCACCCAUCCUGGAUUCUGAACUCUUCAAUGUGGAGUGACCACUACAGAGUUACUAUCCAAAUCCUUGAACCUGUCCUUCAUUGCCCUGGGAGGACUGGUUUCCCUGUGUCCUAUGAAUGGGAUGCCCCUCGCCAGUAUGUUCCCCUGUAAACAGGCCAGCACCUAGACCCCAGGGUGAGGUCUGAAAAUGGUGUUCCAGAUUACGCUGCCCAUGGCGUCUCCUUUCCUGACCAUCCCAUUCUUCCCAUAACCCCAACAUUUCAGAGGAAGGGAGGGAAAAUGCAAGGGCCUCCCUCUCUUAAUACUGAUGUUUCACUAAAACUAGACUCACAGAGCACAGAGUUCCCAGGAAAGUUAAACCAACCAGACCAAGUGGGAUGAGUAAAUUCUCAGAUUUCCAGACUGUUGUAUACAGCCUUUGGGAAUUGGGGAUGUUUUGUUAAGGUUUGGGCAGAAGCACAACUUUGUGACUGGCAGACACUAUUCUCCCUGUUACUCCUCCCAGUUCCCUUCUGAAAAGUGCCAACUAUUUCAUUAGGCGAUGCUGGGAGGGAAGGAAAUUAUACCUCCUGAUCAAAUAACCACAGUCUCCCUCAGCCAUUCCUGACUUGGUAUAAAUGAAUAUCAAUCUCAUUUUACUUUCUUUUGCCAUGAGGCCAGUUUCAAGCAAGUUAAAAGGCAUACUUUGAGAUCAGACGCAGGCCAUUCCUUGUUCCCUGGUGGGGACUGUGGCAGGGGCUUGGGAAGGGCAUAUGGGCACCAGAAAAGUUAGAACUUUUUCUAAUACCCCA